UGCUGGCAGGACGCAGGGACGCAGCUCAGAGCCCAUCACAUCCCUGCGGCACAGCACGAGGGGGAGCCGAGUGCCCCAGGGAGCCGGAGGCUGCUGCAGAGGGGCCAGGCCCUGCACCAUCCUCGUGGGGCAUGAUGGCACCGGGCAGAGGGGAAGUGCGCCGCGCGCAGGGGGCAUCGGGGUCAUGUGCAGCUGCCCAGGCGGCCCUCUGCAAGGCCACAGCCGGGCACCGGCAGCUGGUGCUGCAGCUCGGGGGCAGCGCUGACAGCCCCUGGCUGCGGGAGGAGCGGUACAGGAGGAGUGCGGAGGCCCGUGAGCUGAGCGCUGGGCUGCGGAGCGCACUUCUGGCAGGGCUGCGGCAGGCACCAGCAAGCCCCGAGGAACAGCGGGAGCUGGAGAGGCUGUGGGUGCUCUUCCUUUCCGCCCUGGAGCUCUUCCUGCAGGACCUGUGCCAAGCCCACCACCUCUGCCAGCUCUUCUCUGUGCAAGGGGGUGGUACAUCCCCACUGCGCACUGGGCUGGGGGCCCAGGGGUUGCUGAGCCGCAAGGGGAGCCGGCAAGGAGGGGGUCUUGCACAGCCCCCAGCCACCCCACACCUGGAGGAGGAGAUGGAGCAGGUGAGGGCCAUGCUGGCAGAGAUGGAGAGCAGAGCCAACAUCCCGCUGUGGACAGUGGAGGCCACACAGCCGGUGGGAACUGGCAGCACCACAGCCGCUGCGGCUGGGGUGGCUCGGGAGGGGCCUCGUACUGGGUACUGCUGCAGUGUGCUCUGACAGGAGAGGAGGUGUCAGGGCUGGCACACCCCAUGCACACUCAGGCAUCACAGAAUAGGGGAUAGGGCCCUGCAUACCCCCAUGUUCCCUGGGCCCCCUGCCUGGGCAGGCAAUGCUGGGGGCUGCCCCCACCCCACAGAGGGAAUGGGACCAGCUCCAGCCGCCCUAAGUGUUAAAUAAAGCCACUGUGAGCCCACAAGGGUUGGC